AUGUCCGCUGAAAAACGUUUAAUUAAGGAAUACAGUUUAUACAAGAAACAACCACCACACACCAACAACCAUCAAAUAAUACAACUCUCCCCCACCACAGACGACUCAUUACUCCAUUGGCAAGCAACAAUAGCCAAACCAACAAUUCAAGACUCUCCAUACUACCAUGGCGGCAUAUGGAAACUAAACAUUGAUGUUCCCACCACAUAUCCACAACAACCACCCACAAUCAAGUUUCAAACCCCCAUUAUUCACCCAAAUAUCAACUCAACCACGGGGGAAAUAUGUCUUGAUGUAUUGAAAUCACAAUGGAGUCCCGCUUGGAACUUGGAGAGUUUGGUGGUUGCUAUUGUUCAGCUUUUGGAUAACCCUGAGCCCGAUUCGCCAUUAAAUAUCGAUGCUGCUAAUUUGUACAGGUUUGAUAAAGUUGCGUUUGAGAGUCUUGUGCAGUUUGAAAUUUGGAAAGUUGGUAAUUUUUAUCAGUUGAAUUUGAGCACGUUGUGUGAAAUGGAUAAAAAGACGAGGUCGUUGGUUAGAGAUGUUUCUGGAGUCAAGUGUGUUUAG